GGUCCUGGGCCUCCUCCAGCGAUCGCCUCGUGGCGGAGCCGCCCACCGCGAGGGCGUUCGCGGGCGCGCAGCUCACUCGCCGGGCGCCGCCUCGUGCCUCCCUGGUCGUGCGGCAGUCCGAGAGGGUGGACAAGAUCGUCGAGACGCUUAAGGAGCUCACCCUGCUGGAGGCGUCCGAGCUCGUGAAGGCCAUCGAGGACACGUUCGACGUGGACGCGUCUGCCUCGGGCGGCGCGGUGAUGAUGGCGGCGCCCGCCGCAGGCGGCGGCGGGGGCGAGGAGGAGAAGCCCGCGGAGAAGACCGAGUUCGACCUCGUGCUGAAGGAGGUGCCCAAGGACAAGAAGAUCGCCAUCCUGAAGGUGGUCCGCACCAUCACGGGCCUGGGCCUGAAGGAGGCGAAGGGUUUGGUGGACAGCCCAGGGAAGCUGCUGGAGGCGAAGCCGAAGGACAUCUGCGAGGAGGCGCUGAAGCAGCUGGAGGCGGCCGGCGCCACGGCCGCGCUGGAGUGA